UUUUUCUACUUCUGUGAUAUCAUAAGCCUGUAAUGAUAAAAUAAGUAAAUAUGGAUAAGUCAGCGUAUGAGAUCAUAGAACAUGAGUAUGACGUGGUAGUAGUAGGUGCAGGUGGAGCAGGGCUCAGAGCAACGCUUGGGAUGGCUGCAACUAAUUUUUCAGUUGCCUGCAUUUCUAAAAUUUUCCCUACACGAAGUCAUACAGUUGCAGCACAAGGCGGAAUUAGUGCAGCUUUAGGUAAUAUCGGUGAAGACGAUUGGCGCUGGCAUGCAUAUGACACAAUAAAAGGUUCAGACUGGCUUGGUGAUCAAGAUGCAAUAGAAUAUAUGUGUAAAAACGCUGCUAAAGCUGUUAUUGAACUUGAAAAUUUUGGCGUACCUUUUUCUCGUACAGAAGAUGGCAAAAUAUACCAGCGCUCUUUUGGUGGAAUGACAACUCACUUUGGUAAAGGAAAAUCAGCGCAGCGCACUUGUGCGGCAGCAGAUAAAACUGGGCACGCAAUCCUUCACACUCUAUAUCAGCAGUGUCUUAAAUUCAACGCUGAAUUUUUUGUUGAAUACUUUGUGAUUGAUUUAAUUAUGGAUAGCGAAACAUGCUGCGGAGUUCUUGCUUGGUCGCUAUGCGACGGCACAUUACAUAGAUUUCGCGCGCAUAGGGUGGUGCUAGCAACAGGUGGAUAUGGACGUGUUUAUUUCUCUGCAACAAGUGCGCAUACCUGCACAGGUGAUGGUAACGGCAUGGUAGUAAGGGCUGGAUUACCACUUGAAGAUAUGGAAUUUGUACAAUUUCAUCCAACAGGAAUAUAUGGCUCAGGGUGCUUGAUGACAGAAGGAUGCCGUGGCGAAGGGGGAUAUCUCGUUAAUUCUCAGGGCGAAAAGUUUAUGGAACGUUACGCACCAAAAGCAAAAGAUUUAGCUUCCCGUGAUGUGCGCAUCUUGAUCCGGAAGUAAUAAAACUCAGAUUGCCGGGCAUUAGCGAAACCGCAAGAACUUUUGCUGGAGUUGAUGUCACUAAAGAUCCAAUACCGGUCAUUCCGACUGUUCACUAUAACAUGGGUGGCAUUCCAACCAAUUAUUAUGGAGAAG